CAUAACAUUCCUGAAGACAUGGCAACAGCGCAGGGAGUAUAACACAGGCCCUUCCCAUAGAACGUCCUCUUCUAUCAGUAAGACACAAUCACACAUUUCUGUUGUGCCCGGCUGUGAGCAGGUGUCGUCUGGGUUCCUCCUGAGAAUAGAACAGCAGCAAGCAAAAUGCAGCUAGCGGUGCUUGGAGCCACAGGCAAGACCGGGGGCGAGCUCGUGAAGCAGGCGCUGGAGGAGGGGCACUCUGUCACCGCCGUCGUCAGGGACCCGGCCAAGGUCACGACUACGCAUGAUAACCUGAAGGUGGUAAAGGCAGAUGUGUUUGACGAGUCUUCCCUUGUCAAGCCAUUUACAGACCAAGAUGCAGUUGUGUCUUGCCUGGGUUUUCCAAGGAAUCCACAACCAGUGACUGGUUAUACCGAGUCAAUGAAAGCUAUUGUUGGUGCCAUGCGUAAUGCAAACAUCAAACGUAUUGUAACAAUGACUGCUUGGUACACUGACACCUCUGUUGCUCCUCGAAUGGGUUUCUUGGUCAACUGGGUGAUUGUUCCUAUUCUGCGCCCUGUCUUAUUGGGCAUGUUUGAUAUGGAGAAGUUCAUUAAGGAAAAUUGUUCUGAUCUCAACUACACUGUUGUGCGACCUCCUGGACUGGGCAGCGCACCCAGAACAGGCUUGCCCAUGUCUGUUGCGGAGGACUACAUUGUGGAGACAGGAACCAGCUACAACAAGACUAACAGAUCUGAUGUUGCUGCUUUUAUGCUCAGCUGCUUAAAGACAUCAGACUAUGACCAAAAGAUGGUUGCUAUUACAACUCAAAAGAAAUUGGGCAGUUAAGAUUAUAAAGAGCAAUGCCUUGUGUAUGGUUGAUGUAGAAUAUAUCUUUGUGUUACUGGAUAACUGUUAUUAAUACUUUACCAGAGCUUUCCCUUUUCCUGAUUAAAUAGGUAAUUUGAAAUAAAACAUAUAUAUAUAAACAUUUCCUGUUAGGAUUUAUAGCAAUCUUUUUCUGUACUGCUGGAUACAAGACCAUGUAGAGUGGAUAAGCACAGUAUAUCUUAUAUUUUUAUGAACAUCAGAGUAGGUAAAGCAUAUCUUAUAUUUAUUAUGAAUAUUAUUGAUACAGUUAACAUUUUUUCUUGGUUCCUCAUAAUCCUUCAGAGAAAUGGUUUAUCGGUCAGCCUUAACACAUGGAAAGUAUAGAUUGGGUAAACACAACAAGGAACCGACAGACAGAAUCCUUUCCUUACUUAACACAAUGAGCCCAGACUAAUUUUGUCAUUGAAAUUGUAUGAAAUAUUCCUCCAAAAUCUCAUUUGUGAACACAAGGAUGGACAAUAUUCAGAAAAGCAUAAAUAUUAAGAUGAUGAUCAUUUUAGAUGAGUAAAGAGAAUACUGAUUCAUAAUUUCCUAAUUCGUAACUGGAAGAAAACACAAUGCAGUUUUAAGAAAUAUUGAACCUUGCCAAAAAAAAAGAAAAAAAAAAAAAUACAAUUUAGACAUAUUAUUAUUAUUAUCAUUAUUAUUAAAAUCAUUAUAAAUCACGGUAAAGUUAGAAGUUACUUAUUUCUUUUUUAAUGGUGCUGAGAGUGGAAUUUACAAAGAAAGGAAAGAAAAAUAUAGAACAACAUUUACUAGAAAAUGCCAGAAAUGUCAAAUUCCUUUGCUGAUGUAUAAAAGGUAUGAAUGAGAAUGAAUAUUUUCAUAAUACAAGAGAUGUAUUUGAACAGUUUCGAUUAUAUCUUCGUCAGUAGUACAUGAUGAUUAUAAAUGUAUGCUGAGAUUCUAUUUGAUACUUGUGCUACAUUCUUGUGAAAUUGUACAGUGUGUUUUGAAGAAUGGUACCAUGCCCAGAACAAAAUUAUAAUUCUGAGCCCCUCAGUUCAAUCCAGUUUCAUGGUGGAGUUGUUAGAGGUCACAAUGUUGAGUUGACAGCUGUAAAAUACUUUUCAUAUCAGUAAAUCAAAAGGUCAAAUAUGCAGACAGUUAAUUGUGAGAGACCACAGUAUUAACUGUAAGAAGCAAAAUAUUAUUGAAGACUUUAUAUCAGCACAUUAGAAGGUUUAAAAUUUUGAGAGCUUAUUGUAAGAGUUCAUCUGCACCAUAAAGGUGAUUUGCUCUUAAAUGAAAAUAUUGUAAAGGAUAAUAAAGGACAGAGGUCAGAAUAUUAUAAAAGGAUAAAUAGUGGUGACUGUUGUGCCUGAAAUGAAGAAGGGAAAAUGAUCCCAUCCUAGAUAAGCUGCACAAAAUGAAAAGAAGUUACUGAUGAGACAUGGACAUCAAACAAAAACAUGUAUAGAUACAUGUUAUACUUUCCUUUUAUCUAUAGAAUGAAAAAUUGAGCCACUAAACACCAACAUAUGGCCUUCCCAAUUUAUGAGGCACAAUGAUCCAUACAUCAUUUCUUGUGGGGCUAUUUGAUCUUAUUUUAUUGUAUGAUGUACUGAUAUUGAAUAUUAAUUUAAACCCUUUUGAUAGAUUACAUAGAUAGAUACUUCUAA